AAAAUCAUUAAACUGUUGGAAAAACAAAUAUUCCAUGCAGUGACCAAGAAGAUAUUUAAAAUCAACACUCUUUUCUUAUUUAUGAACUCGUAGAGCGAUUUAAAGUGGGACAGCACAUUGUUGGACAACAAUAGUGUUACUUGUCUAAAGGGUCGACACUGGAUGAAAUAAUUCACAAAUACCAUAUCAGCAUCUGAUAUUAACUAAUGCAUAUAACUCGAGCAUUGUUCUUAUGGAUAACUUUGAUUUUAUCAUUUAUCAUAGAAGUGGCUACUCAGAGUACGGCUAAUCAGCAGGCGUUACACACGCACCUCUUUACGUCGUACGAUCCCGGGGAGAAGCCUUACUGCGGAGGGGCAGUCAAUGUCACCUUAGACGUGGCUCUACGUCAAGUCAUCGAUCUGGAUGAGCCCCAGCAGAUUUUGAAAAUCAAUGUUUGGGUAAGACUGAAAUGGCAGGAUUGUCGCUUAACGUGGACCCCCUCCAGUUACGGGAACAUUGGGAAUUUCAUCGUCCCUUACAAAUACAUAUGGAUACCAGAUCUUACAUUAUACGACAGUGUUUCAGGUGAAUUUGUUGGUCUUAAGGAAUACCGCCCAAACAUUUAUCCAGACGGCACGGUGUACUAUAAUUUCCCUUCUGUACUCGAAAGCAUUUGCACCGUUGACGUCGAGAAAUUCCCUUACGACGAGCAAACCUGCAAGUUGCUAUUUGGAUCCUGGGCGUAUCAUGGAUAUGAUCUAGACUUGCAGAAUAAAAAUCCACAAGGUGACUUGUCAUCUGCCGUCAGUAACGUGGAAUGGACCUACGUCUCUAUGAAGGCAGAGAGACACGUGCUGUACUACGGUUGUUGUCCGGAGCCGUAUCCUGACGUCACAUACUAUCUGAAACUUAAGAGGAAACCCCAAUUUUACCUAAUCAAUUUGAUUAUCCCCUCCAUGUUAAUUACAGUUAUGGCUGCUUUAGGUUAUUAUCUUCCUGUGGAGUCUGGAGAAAAAGUUUCCCUUCAGAUCACCGUCAUGUUGUCCCUUGCCGUCUUCCAGCUUCUCGUGGCUGACAAACUUCCGCCAUCAGCAGAUGCUACGCCAGUCAUUGCAACUUACUUCAACUUUUCCUUAUUCUUGGUGGGCCUUGCUUGUCUCAUGGCAGUGGUUGUCUUGGCAAUCCAUUACCAAGGAAACAGACGAAUGCCAGACUGGUUAUACAAGUAUGGUUUGAUUAAAUUAUCUUGCAUCACCUUUGUUCAUGUAGAACGCAACGCACCAGUCAAGGAGGAGAAACAGAAUACAGUUAAAACCAUUAUGGUCAAGGGUUCAGUACACAAAGUUCGCCCAGAGCAAAAGAAAACUAAAGGAUCCCUACAUUUAAUGGAAUAUGAUCAGCCUGUGGUGGUUGAAGAAAAGGAACCUGUAUCAGAAAAAGAUCCGGAGGACACGGCACCAAAAAGAGUGCACCAGGAGGACUGGAAGAAGUUCGCGUGUGUUGUGGACAGACUGUCCUUCUACAUGUUUGUAAUCAUAGGGGCCAUAGGCACUGGAAUCGUAUUCUCUAAGUUUGGAAUGUGAUUUUUGUUAUGUUUGUUUAGAUACACCUUAAAUAAAAGCU